CUCGCUAUUUACAUCCCUGCCACCCUCCUCUCCGCCGCCGUCGCCGCCGCCGCCGGGGAUGGGGGGAGCGCAGUUCCUCGGCGACAACGACGUCGUCGCGGCCCGCGACGGGGAGGCGGUGGACCACCGCCGCGACGUCGGCAAGAUGGAGCACGGGUGCGAGCAUUACCGGCGCAGGUGCAAGAUCGUGGCGCCGUGCUGCAACCAGGUGUUCCCCUGCCGCCACUGCCACAACGAGGCUACGGCUUCUGGAGAUCGGCAUACAAUAGUUCGUCAGGAUGUUAAAAAAGUAGUUUGCCUACUCUGUGAAACAGAACAGCCGGUGUCACAAGUGUGCAUAAGCUGUGGAGUCAAUAUGGGAGAGUACUUCUGUGAUAUAUGCAAAUUUUAUGAUGAUGAUAUAGGGAAAGGGCAGUACCAUUGCAAUGAUUGUGGCAUAUGCAGGGUUGGUGGCAAGGAAAAAUUCUUCCACUGUGUAAAGUGUGGGUCUUGCUAUUCUGUUGAACUGCGUGAUAACCAUCGGUGCGUGGAGAACUCAAUGAGGCAGAAUUGCCCAAUCUGUUAUGAGUAUCUAUUUGACUCAUUACAAGGAACAAGAGUUCUUAACUGUGGACACACAAUGCACUUGACAUGUUUUGAAGAGAUGGUGGAGCAUAACAAAUACACUUGUCCAAUAUGCUCUAAAACAGCUCUUGAUAUGACACGUCAUUGGGAGAUGUUGGAUCAAGAGAUCGAAGCCACAAUCAUGCCUCCUGUAUAUCGGUACAAGAUUUGGGUGCUUUGCAACGACUGCAACAAGGUCUCAGAGGUGAACUUCCAUGUGAUCGGCCACAAGUGCAGCCACUGCAGCUCGUACAACACCCGAUCAACAUCGCGCCCUGCAGAUUCAUCGGGAAGCAGCUCACCUUCGACAGACUCAUCCGACAACAACAUGUAGAGAAGAGAAAACCAGUGGUGCCAGAACCAAUACGACAGAAGAAAUGAAGAAGGAACAUUGUUUUGCGGCGUGCGUGCCUGCCAAACUUGAAGACUCCCAGCCAUUUAUUUGCCCUCGUUUUGUCAAGAUUCGACUCAAUCCAUGAGUCUUGGCUGUCGUGGGAAAUUCCAGCUUCGGCAUUGCUGGGUUAACCCACAUGGCCAGCGUAGAUGUUUGUUGGAUCUUGGUCGCAGCCAGUCGUGAUUGUAUCACCGUGGGUGAAAACCCAGCAUGUUAUGAAUCGCAUACUUACUGUAAGCUAUAUAGCAGAAGAUGGGUACGGGGUACCCCUGACUGAUGAUGCCUGGUCUGUGUGUAUGUGCGUGUGGUGAACUGUUCCUGAAUUGCCGUGCUGCUCAGUAGCACUAAAUAUUGCGUUUGGGUUUUCUGAUGAUCUGUCAGGGACCCCCAAAGUGUGCAGUGAAAUUGUAAUGGCAUUACACACUUGCAAUGAAUAAAUAAAAUCUUAUAAUAGAAAUA